GGGGAACGAGAGCGAAUCGCUGUGUUGUUUUUCGUCGGGAUAUUUUCGCUAAAAAUAAAGGAGAACACUCUACAAGCGUCGCGGUGUAGAAGGAACCGACGUCGAUAGAUUGAAGUAGAAUUGCAUUCAGUUUGGUUUGGUUUGGUCGAUCGAUAGAGAGCCCAAAAGAGAAACGAAACGGUUCCAGGUCUUCCUCCAUAGCACAACAUGCAACCCACUAUAACCCACCACUUCUGAAACCACCUAGGGGCCCAAACGAGACAAUAAUUUCAUCCCUUCAGUCGCCGCCGUCGGGUUCUGUUAUUGAUGACCGGUCACGGGAACCGAUUCCGCCUAAAAAUCAGUACCGAUCGCACCGAGCGGAGAGGAAAGAACCCCACCCGACAGCUCCAGAGCUGGUCCAAACGUUGGACGCAAAAUAUCAACCCCAUCGCCUCCUACAUCCCGGUGAAUUGAAACGAGAAUAACAGCCGAUCGGUAUGGAGAGUUCGGCGGGUAAAGCCCCGCUGGUGUCCCUAUCAGGAGUAGCGCCUUCGUUGGAGUCCUCUCCGAACAGAAGAGACGAGGUUAUACUGAUGGAAAAGGCGGAGGUUACCUUCAAACCGGACAUCGACUACUCAUCAUCAUCAUCCUCAUCCUCAUCGGAAUCCGAAGAUGAGCUGGAGAAACCGAAAAUCCCGGACGGCGGUUGGGGUUGGGUGGUGGUGUUCUCAUCACUCAUACUCUCGAUGAUCGCCGACGGGAUCAGUUUCUCGUUCGGUUUGUUGUAUGGCGAUUUCCUGGACGAGUUCAAGGCCUCCAGCUCGGUCACCUCUUGGAUCGGCAGCCUCUUCUUGGCCAUUCCGCUGCUCUCCGGGCCCAUCAUGAGCGCUCUAGUGGACAAAUAUGGUUGUAGGAUCAUGACUUGCGUCGGUGGUAUCAUCGCCGCCAUCGGUUUCAUCAUCAGCUCGAAAGUCAACACCAUCGGUAUCAUGUACCUGACGUUCGGUAUUCUAGCUGGGUUGGGUUUGGGGUUGUGUUAUGUUACCGCUGUGGUUUCCAUACCGUUUUGGUUCGAUAAAUACAGGACUUUGGCUGUGGGAAUCAGCGCUUCGGGUGCCGGAGUGGGUACCUUCGUGUUCGCUCCUUUAACCAAUUUUCUGCUGUAUGAAUACGGAUGGAGAGGCACCACUUUGAUAAUGGCCGGGGUGUUUUUGAACAUGUGCGUUUGCGGGGUUUUAAUGAGAGAUCCCGAUUGGGUUACCGAGCAACACAAGUCGAAUCCGAGGCUGUCGAAGUCGAGUAAAUCGAGCAAGACGAGCUUGUUGUCGUUGACUUCGUCGAAUUUCAUCAACAAUCUGGAUUUGAACGAGUUGAAGGAUGUUUUGAAGAGCGGGAAAAACGUGGAGUACCUUUUGCAAGGGUUGGAAACUUCGUUGGUUGCGGAUAAAUCGGAUAGAUCGGAGAGUGCGGGUUUGAGGAACAAUCACAAUUCAGUACUGAAUCUUCCAACGUACAUAAGACAAAACGAAAAAGUGCCUAUAGAAGUAUUGGAACAACUGAGUUCUAAUAAGAAAUUAUACAAUGUGAUUCUACAAAAUUUUCCUAGUUUAAUUUUAUGUAGGAGUACAUCCGAUAAGGGUUUAAACAAAUUGACUGAAGAUGCCUCUUUAGUCGAAAGAGUACCGGUGAAAAUUCGCGUUACAAUCAAAGAAAACGAAAAGCAUUCGAAUCAAAAGGAACCUCUACAAAACAAAGACAUCGAAGCACAAGAGCCUCUAUUGCAUGAGAAACAGAACAAAAAACCUCUGCCUAGGAUCCUGACGAAUCCUAAAUUGAAAAAUCAAUUAGCACAAACAGCGCAAAGACCCCAGCAUUAUUUCAAACACUUGAAAAUCCACAGGCAAUCGUUGAUACAUCGCGGGGCGGUGUUCAACACGAACAAAUACAGAUUCAAAGCGUCGAGUUGCCCGAAUAUAUACAAAGUGUCCACUUUGACGUUGAAACAUGACGAUGACGAGAAAUGGUACGCGGAACUUCUUGAAUUGGUGAAGGGAAUGUUCGAUUUUUCCUUAUUCUUAGAACUACAUUUUUGCUUGCUCUCCCUAUCAACCGUAAUACUUUUUGUUUGGUUUAUAGUGCCGUAUUUUUAUUUGGCUAGUCACAUGACUCAAAACGGAUACACCUACGAGGAUGCUUCUCUUACUAUUUCGAAUAUAGGUAUCACCAAUACCAUCGGAAUGAUCGCUUUGGGCUGGGCCGGGGACCAGCCCUGGAUGAACAUAACGAAAACCUACGCUGUUAGUUUGAUGCUAACGGGAUUAUCUUGCGCCGGAAUGAUGUACUUUACCGAGAACUUUAUCAUGUUGGAAAUAAGCGCAGCUGUUUUCGGAUUAUUUGUAUCCAGCACUUACUCCUUUACACCGGGAUUGGUGGUGGAAUUGGUGCCUUUAGAACGAUUCGCCACCGGUUACGGCCUGCAGUUGCUCUGCAUGGGCAUCGGGCUUCUGCUCGGGCCCCCUUUUGCUGGUCAUUUAUUCGAUAUUACAAAUAAUUGGAAGCAAACGUUCUAUCAGGGAGCCGUUUGGUUGAUAAUUUCGGGUUUGGUAUUGGCUUUUAUUCCCUAUACGAAGAACAGGAAGAUAUGCGGGGAAGGACCGGUGGAGAAAGAAGUUGAAGGUGGAAAGGAUCGAUGGUGGAUCGCCUUCGGAAUUCUCGCAGUCACUGUAGGUUUGGCUGUGGUCGUUAUGUAUUUUACAAUCGAGUGUCUUAUUCAUGAGUAUUAACGAGUAUUAUUACUGUUUUUUUUUAUUUGCAUUUUUGAGGAUAUUUCGUGUUUAUUUUAGUGUAUUUGUAUUAUAAUUUGCGAAAUGUAUGAUAUUAUUAUUGAUAAAUAUACAUUCUUCUCUUGUUAAAU